CUCUCUUGUUUUGCUCUUCCCAUCUCUGCUACACGCACGACACUCGCCCUCCAGACCGCCCAGCGACGCCCGGCUGAGUACUCCGUACCCCCUCCACCACCGUCCACCAACCCCCCAGUGAAUGUCGACGUGUCAGCACAACAUGGCACAUCUAUAUCACAUGACCACCUCGAUAUUACCCAAUCAUUCAAUGAGUAAACCUUCAAGUAUUGGCUCUGGCCUGGAGGGGAACUCGAUCCCAGUCUCCGUCGGCGGCGUGACUUCCGCCGACGAGAUGCCAGUAGCACAGGCUGGCGAUCCAGGACCAGAGCCCAAGAAACAAGUUGCCAUUGUCGGCGCCGGCAUCGCCGGCCUCCGCGCCGCCUCCGUCCUCCAGCGCCACGGCGUCGACGUCGUCGUGCUGGAGGGCCGCGACCGCAUCGGCGGCCGCAUUAACACUUCACGUACAGCAAAGGGUGUCCGAGACAUCGGUGCCGCGUGGAUGCACGAAACGAGCCAGAACAACCUCGUUAAACUGAUUCCCAAACUCAAAAUUGACUACUACUAUGAUGACGGCAUGGCCCUCUACUACACCGAGCACGGGCGUGCCGGCGCGCAGUUCAAGGCGAAGAAGGUCGCCGACGAGUUCGCCGAGUACUGUGAAUGGUACUACGAAAUGCACCCCAACGCCCCCGAUCAAUCCGUCGCCGACUUUGUCGCCAGCUUCGUGAAGAACCACGAGCUGAUUACGGACGAUGAACGCAAUUGGGCUCCGCAGGCCGUGAAGGAAGUGGAGCAGUGGAUUGGCACCAGUGUCGACAUGGCCUCUUCGAAACAUUUGAGCUAUUUCAUCACCGAGCGCAAUCUCUACAUGAAGGGCGGGUAUGACGGAGUGGUGAACUGGACCGCCCAGUCUCUCUUGCAGAACCCCGAGACCAUCCGUCUCAACCACACCGUUCAGGCUGUGAAUUGGAACGAGAAUGGCCCAUGCUCCGUCGACGUCCUCGACGAGCACGGCCAGGCACAACGCAUCGAAGCCGAUGCGGUCAUCUCGACCCUUCCCCUCGGGUCUCUGAAACAUGAGCUCGUGGCUUUCCAGCCCGCCCUUCCCAAUGAUAUUCAGCAUGGCAUUGCCAACUUUAGCUACGGCGCACUAGGCAAGGUCUUUUUUGAAUUUGCAGACGUUUUCUGGUCAAAGGAAAACGACCAGUUCAUCUUCUACCCCUCGCCACCCGAGCCAGAAGACGACAUCUCCUCGGGUUCGCUGACUUCCAGCAGCUCCACCGAAAUGGACAACAUCCUCAACUACUCCACCGUCACCAUCAAUCUAUGGAUCAUGACGGGCGCCAAGGAACUGUGUGUCCAAAUUGCUGAGCCUCUGACUCAGCGCAUCGAAGCCAUGACGGACAAGCGGGCGAUUUACAGAUUCUUCGAACCGCUGUUCAAGCUUCUCCGCACCGAGCCGUACAAAUCCCUGCCGGCUCUGGUGGACAUUGAGACGACGAAAUGGACGCAAGAUCCGCUUGCCGGAUUUGGCAGCUACUCUGCCGACAAGGUCGGAGACGACCCAGAGAGCUUCGUCGAUGCACUCGCUGCUCACAAGAGCAGUCGCCUCCAAUUUGCCGGAGAGCACUGUACCAUUAUCGCCAACGGCUGUGUCCAUGGGGCUUUUGCCACGGGCGAGACGGCCGCAAAGAACCUGCUGGAAAGUUUUGAGAUCCAGUACGAUGGCGGUGACUUUGUCAGUUACGUUUAGGUAACGAGCCGUCGUAGCUUAGCAGAACGCAUAUUUCCAUAGUUUUAAGUAGAAUGCAUGACACAAUCGAUGGGAGCCAAGGA